UUCCGGUCCUUAACUUCCGGUCCUUUCCAUUUAUUCUUCCGACAAAAAGGCCAGACUGUCCGUUCCCGCAACUGCCUGCCUCGUUCCGGGCUCCUAAGCACGUUGAGUUGCGGCGCGGCUCCAGCGCGCCCUCGCCGGCACCAUGGCCCGAAAUGCAGAAAAAGCCAUGACUGCCCUGGCGAGGUUCCGUCAGGCUCAGCUGGAAGAGGGAAAAGUCAAGGAGCGCAGACCCUUCCUGGCUUCCGAAUGUACUGAGUUGCCGAAAGCGGAGAAGUGGAGACGGCAGAUCAUUGGAGAGAUCUCAAAAAAAGUUGCUCAGAUUCAGAAUGCUGGUUUAGGGGAAUUCCGAAUUCGAGACCUGAAUGAUGAAAUUAACAAGCUGCUAAGGGAGAAAGGACACUGGGAGGUCCGGAUCAAGGAGCUGGGCGGCCCUGAUUAUGGAAAAGUUGGCCCCAAGAUGCUGGAUCAUGAAGGUAAAGAAGUCCCAGGAAACCGAGGUUACAAGUACUUUGGGGCAGCAAAAGAUUUGCCUGGUGUCAGAGAGCUAUUUGAAAAAGAACCCCUUCCUCCUCCCAGAAAGACGCGUGCUGAGCUCAUGAAGGCCAUCGAUUUCGAAUACUAUGGUUACCUGGAUGAAGAUGAUGGAGUUAUUGUGCCCUUGGAACAAGAAUAUGAGAAGAAACUCAGAGCUGAGAUGGUAGAAAAAUGGAAAGCAGAGAGAGAGGCUCGGCUGGCAAGGGGAGAAAAGGAAGAGGAGGAGGAGGAGGAAGAGGAGAUCAACAUCUACGCUGUCACGGAGGAGGAGUCCGAUGAGGAAGGCAGCCAGGAGAAGGCAGGGGAAGAUGGUCAGCAGAAGUUCAUCGCUCACGUUCCAGUGCCGUCGCAGCAGGAGAUUGAGGAGGCGCUGGUACGGAGGAAGAAAAUGGAACUGCUCCAGAAAUACGCAAGUGAGACCCUGCAGGCACAGAGCGAGGAAGCCAAGCGACUCCUGGGGUACUAGGCUCAGCCAGAACCCUUCGUGAACUCUGGAGAUCUGGUGGGUGCUUGGUACUCCCUGGCAUGCCAUCCUCACAGCUGCCCUGGGCUGUGGCUGGGCCGGCUGGCGCCGGAAGGCCCCGUGCCUUUCUCACCCUUCCUCUUGCCUCCUCUGGACGCGUGAGCUGGCCUGGCGGUCGGCCUUUGUCCCUUCCCCGUAAGCUGCAGUGUACUGAGCGCUGUAGUAGCCGUCACCUUUGUACAGAUGCCUUUGCUGCCCUACGGAGCCAUUUAUUUUUACUUUGGAAUAUGUAAAAUCUGUUCUCUGAAAAUUUAUUCUGCCCUGUACUAUGAUUUGGAGAAUCAAGAAGGAUCAGUUAGUAGCCAAUUUUAAAAAAUACAUGAUUUUUAUUCAAAUCACGUCCAAAUUCAGAGAUUCAUCUUCUCUGGAAGACUGAGAUGGAAUUUCACGGUCUGUGGUGGAGCCCUUUGAUCCUUGACUGGGCACUGCUUUCCUCCCACGACCCCUCUGGGAGAGCCGCUUCACUGUCUUCUGUCCUGUGGACAGUUGUGAGUUAGCAACUUUAUUUUUAUAACUUGUUUCAGAGAAAGGUACUUUUAUUAAAGGUUUUUAAUAAGAAAGGAAA